UUGAAAGGAAUGGUGAAGGAUUAUGGUUAAUGGACUACAUGUGUACAAGUGAUAUUCAAUAUUAGAAUAAGAUGUUGAGGUAUAUCUCUUAAAGAUAACACAGUCUAAAGUUUACUUGAGUCACUUUGAAAUUAACUAUACGACCCUUGAUCUAUAUACACAAGAGUUGAGGUGUUACGAUGUCAAAGCUAGAUUUACAGUUACUAGAGUCAUAAAGUGGGAUUUGUCCUCCCAAUGAGUUGAUUACAGCUCUUGUCAUUUCACAAUGGAGCAGUUAAAACAUAAAUUAUUUGAAGCAAUUUCGAUUGGGGAACUGGCAAAGGUCAAGCAGAUCUUAACUGGUUGUUCGGAUUGUCAUUUAGCACAGUUAUUGCGGUGUAGAUUGGAUGAUACAUUGUGUGUGCGUCGCCCGAGUAAUGGACGUGAGUUUUAUGUGCAACACCCAACCGCACUAAUGGUGGCCACUAUUAGCUGGUAUACUGACAUAACGGAUUAUCUGCUUACAUUUAAAACUGGCGUCAAUGAUGGACAUACUGUUGAGGAUUCAACCAAUCAGCCGGCAGUGUUUGACGGAGUAACCCCAUUGUGGCUUGCUGCGAUGAGUGGGAAGUAUCAGAUGUUGAAGAGCAUGCUUGAAAAUGAAGCUGAUGUCAACCAAACCACCUCUUUAGGUGAAAGUCCACUGUUUGAAAGCUGUUUUGAAGGUCAUCUGAAUAUCGCUAAACACCUUGUCGAGAAGGGUGCAGAUGUCAAUGCAGUUAACAGCCGCAAUAUAUCCUGCUUGAUGAUUGCUGGAUACGCUGAUUCGUAUGAUAUUGCCAAAUUCCUUGUUGACAAUGACGCUGACAUUCACAUGCUUGAUGACGAGAACAGAAAUGUCCUAUUCUACACUGUAUCAGGUGGUCACCUACGUAUGCUCAAGUAUUUUGUAUCUUUGGGAGUUCAGCCUACAUUGGAUAGACAACAACGAGAUAUAUUAAUGGAGGCUGUGCAAAAUGGAUUUCAGCAUAUUGUUGAAUACAUCAUUACUGCAAUGACUGAAAGUGUAAAUAUUAAUCAACGUGACAAGAAUGGACGUAACGUCUUAUUCUAUGCAGUUGAAAGUGGAGUGCUCCCUAUACUUGAGAUGCUUUUAAGAAAGGUUGCACUUAUUGAAACUGCGGAUGAUGGACGUUCGUUAACAAUGGUUAGUGCAUUAAAAGGGCAUGGCCAUAUUGCUCGCUAUCUUCUCAUCAACCACCACAACCUUGGCAUAGAUGUCAAUGAAAAAGAUACUAAGGGGCGCAACGUAUUAUUCUAUUGUGUCACUGGAGGGGACCUGAACUUAUUUACAACCUUCUUAAGACAUGGGGUCAGAGUAGAGAGCAGCACUGAUGGUAUCACAAUUCUCAUGCAGGCUGUUGCAAAGGGCCAAAUGGAAUUCACUCUGUAUAUUCUGAACAACAUUUCCCGUAUCGGACUUGACAUAAACCAGCAAGAUAAGGAUGGUUGGAACGCCUUAUUUUAUGGCAUUGCAGGAGGUCAUCUAGAGCUUUUCAAGACUGUUGAAGCCCAUGGUGCUGUUGUUACUUCUUCCAAAGAUGGCCGGUCCAUCUUGAUGCAAGCUGCAUUGAAAGGCCAUAUGGAGAUGGUUCAAUACUUGGUGGAACAUACAAGUCAAUUUGGUCUUUCUGUUAAUCAAGUAGACACUGAUGGUUGGAAUGUCCUUUUCUAUGCAAUACAGAGUGGUAAUUUGGAUGUCUUCAAAUAUCUCCUUAGUCAUGGUGCAACACCACUGCCAGCCAAAAAUGGUGUUACUUGUCUCAUUGAAAGUAUUGAUAAAAGCAAGGAUGACUUCGUAGAUUACAUCAUCGAUAACUCAGAGAAGUUGGGAAUUGACUUACAUGAAUCUGAUGAUCAAGGUGCUCACUGUCUCUUUUAUGCUGCUGCUACUGGACACAUUGACUUAGCAAAAGUGCUUAUCUCAAGAGGACUAAAGGCUAAUGAUGAUAAACAAAAACGUUCUGUAUUGAUGCAGUCAGCCUUAAGCGGUCACAUGGACUUAGUCAAUCAUUUUCUGCUUACUGACAUGCAUCUUGGACUUGACAUCCAUCAGUGUGAUGUCCAUAAUAAAAAUGCAGUAUAUUUUGCAGUUGAAGGUGGCAAAGUUGCUAUUGUGAAAAGACUGGUUAGUGAAGGGAUUAAAUGCAUCCCUGAUGACAUGGGAAAGACAUGCUUGAUGAUAGCUGCUGGGAAACAUGACAAACAAAUGGUGAAUUACCUCCUUACAAAUGCACAAACUCUAGAAUUAGAAAUCAAUGCAAAAGAUAAUAAUGGGGAAAAUGCGCUUUUCUAUGCAAUGAAUUCUGGUAGUAUUGACAUUUUGGCAAAUCUUUUGACAGCAGGAGUGGAACUUACUUCUAAUAAUAGCGGCAUUAAUGUGUUUGCCCAGUGUAUGCGACAGAAUAAUCAUGACAUGAUCAAAAGUAUUAUAGCCAGUAAUAUUGACCUGAAGGAUGCUGCAAAUGGAAAGGACAGUAAAGGAUGCACCACACUUUACAACUGUGUCAGCCAAAGUGAUAUUGAUUUGCUGUUAUUGCUAGGCCAAUACUAUGAUGAAACCACUGACUUUGAUUCUGAAGGGAAAACAAUACUGAUGAAGGCCUGUCAGCAAACAAAUGUACAAAUUGUGCAAUAUCUGCUUGAGGAUAUGUUGGUGGAUGCAGAGAGAACUGACAGAGAUGGUUGUAAUGCUUUAUUCUAUGCUGUACAAGCUGGUAACAUGGAAGCAAUGAGGUUUCUGUUUGGCUUUGGUGCAAGUUGUGUCAGUGACAAUCAGGGACGUACACUAUUAAUGGCUGCUGCUGAAUCUGGAAAUUUAAUGAUCACUGAACAUCUCUUGAAGUAUAUAUUCAAGAAGGGAAAGAUGGAAAUGUUGGAUAAUGAUGGAAGAAAUGCUGUUCACUAUGCUGCCAAACAGGCAGACCCCUUUGUUGUAUCUCUCCUUCAAAAGUAUGGGUGCUCAAUAGACCUCAGAGACAAUUCUGGGGUAAGACCAAUCAUGAUUGCUUGUCAGUAUGGUAAUGUGAGAGUGUUUGAUGAGUUUGUUCUGCUCAAAUGUGAUACUGUACAAUGUGAUGAUAAAAAUAGGGGUCUUCUCCAUCAUUCCCUGACAUCUUCAACUCCAAGCAAGAUUUUACUUGAUUCCAUCAUCCAAUUGCCACAUGUAACAAUUAACACUCAAGAUAACAAUGGGACAACACCAUUCAUGGUUGCCUGCUUAAAUUGUGAUAGAACCCAUGUCCACAUUAUUGAAGUAUUGCUCAAACUUGGUGCCAAUCCAGAAACUCAGGACAAGAAGGGCCUUUAUAUGGAGGUAGAGCUGUUGAUUAAAGCUCAUGACUGUCACACAAUGGCAUGUAAUAUGGAGGGGGUCUCCAAUGUGCUACAGCAAGCAAGACAGUGCAAUAUAAGACUCACUGCAGCAGAGGAAUACUCCCUCAUGAUAAGACUUCUGACUGGAUUGGGAAGAUAUGGAGAGAUGGUCUACAUAUUUGACACUUUGAAGGAGUCGCAUCAGUUUGAGCUUCUAUUCAGGAAAGGUAUUGAAAAGAAUGAUGGUUUGAAACUUGCUAUUCUGGACUACUUAAAGCGCUUCCACCCUGAUGACACUGAAACAUUUACGAUGGUGUCUCUUCACUUCACCAUGUAUAGAGAGAUAGCCAGCAUGUUAGAGACCACUGCUCUUGCACAACUCAACUCCCUCAAACACAAAACACUAGAAAAUGACACUGAGAUCCACAACACACUCAGUAAUUGUGUCCAGUACUUCUCUGAUGCUGCAGAAAGCUACUAUAAGGAAAAGUGUCUACGUCAUGCCCAGCACUGUGUGAAACAGGCCAAGUUGGUUGCGUUACAGAUCUCAUUACUGUCCUCAGGAAUCCGAGUGAUUUUACUUGAGCAUGCAGAGAUCCAAAACUUUCUUGUCACACACAAUAAGUUCUAUGAGGCAUUAAUUGUGGCAGAGGCUUACAACUACAAAUCAGGAUGGGCAACAGCCCUCUAUCAUCAUGUGGUACUUGGUGGAGAUUUCAAGUACUUGCAAGACUUCAAAGCCUAUGUUGCCCUCAACCCUAGCCUUGUCUAUGAGGUUGCUAAUAGCUACAGAAAAGAGACUAACAAACCUAACAAUAGUGGAGUGCACAUGAAGAAACUGCUGGCCCACUGUACUGAUGUGCGAACCAUGUAUAAAAUCGCAAUGGACCUGGGAUACACUGAAAUACACAUGGAACUCAUGAAGGCUGAGACGGGUGCUUAUUUGAAGGAUACUCUUCAACGAUAA